AUGUCUGAAGGGUAUUCCUGUGGCUGUUCCGACUCAGACUCUUCGUGCGGGUGUUGGUCCACCGCCGCCGCCGCCACCACCACCACCAGAUCGGAGGCUUCAACCGAACUCAGACUCUACAGGGCCUUCAUCUUCUGCGUCCCCAUCUUCUUCACUCUCAUUCUCCUCUUUCUCUUCUACCUCUUCUACCUCCGACCGCGAACUAGGCUCCAUUGGAUCACCCACUUUGGCCUUCCCAACAACGACGACAACCACAAUGGCAUCUCCACUCCUGAUUUGGGCUUGAACAAAGAACUCAGAGAGAUGCUGCCCAUUAUUGUCUACAAGGAAAGCUUCUCUGUCAAAGAUACCCAAUGCUCAGUGUGCCUUUUGGACUACCAGCCAGAGGAUAGGCUGCAACAGAUACCUGCAUGUGGCCACACAUUUCAUAUGAGCUGCAUUGAUCUUUGGCUUGCCACCCACACCACCUGCCCUCUCUGUCGCUUCUCCCUACUAACAAUAGCUAAAUCUUCAACACAGACAUCGGAUAUGCAGUCACAGAACAAUGAAGAAACACAAGCCAUAGAAUUAUCUGAAUCAAGAUCUACUAGGCAUCUAGAAACCACUGUCCUCCAAAAUGUCUCUGGAGAAGUUGCAAUCAGCGCUCACUGCAUUGAUGUUGAAGGGCAAAAUGUGCAAGACGAAUAA